AUGUUUCACCGUCAUCCUUCCUUCUCCAUCCUUCUCUCCGCCGUCUUGCUCUCACAUCUCCACUCCACCCAAGCCGCGGAUUUCUGCGUGGCCGAUCUGACCAGCCGGAUGACCACAACCGGCUACACGUGCAAGAACCCCACCAACGUCACCGCCGACGACUUCGUGUUCACCACCCUGGUCCGCGGCGGCAACACCACCAACAUCAACAAGGCCGUGGCCGUCCCGGGAUUCGUCCAGCAGUUCCCGGGCCUGAACGGGCUGGGCCUGGCUGUAGCCCGGGCCGACAUCGAGCCCGGUGGCGCGAUCCCGCUCCACACCCACCCGGCAGCCUCGGAGAUGAUCUACGUGGCGGAAGGUUCGGUCACGGCCGGGUUCAUCUCCGGGGCGCCGUCCAACGUGGUGUAUGUCAAGAAGCUGAACAAGGGGGAAGUGAUGGUUUUCCCGCGGGGGCUUUUCCACUUCCAGGCGAACACGGGGGAGGAACACGCCACGGUGAUAGCGAGCUUUAGCAACUCGGACCCCGGGGUUCAGGUGGUGAGCUCGGCGCUUUUUGGCAACGACUUCUCGUCGUUUUUGGUGGAGAAGACGACGAAUAUUGAUGAAGCUGAGGUGAAGAAGCUCAAAGCUCUUCUUGGUGGUUCUGGCUAG